GGUGCGAGCGCGCACUCCUCUUCAGGCCCCGCCCCUUCCGGCAGGAUCCAGGGCUGACUCACCUCAGGGCUGUCAUGGCGCCCGCUGCGCUAUUCCUGCUCCUCCUCUGCGCUGCCGCCGGUCCCGCCUGGGGCUGGGACCAGCCGGGGAGGGUCCUGCUGAGGGAGGUGCAGGCACUCACUCUCCGCAGAGGUCAGUACACGACAUCCCGGCGGACAGCUGCAGUUCCUCAGUUACAGUGCACGGGAGGCAGUGCUGGUUGUUCCCAUGUCCCUGAGGUUGUUCAGUGUUACAACAAAGGUUGGGAUGGCUACGAUGUACAGUGGCAGUGCAAAGCAGACUUGGAAAAUACCUACCGUUUUGGACAAAUUGAAGUGAGCUGCGAAGGCUACGAUUAUCCAGAUGAUCCUUACAUCUUAAGAGGCUCCUGUAGUUUGCUAUUCAAGCUAGAGCUGACUAAGGAAGGUGAAAGAAAAGUGAAGAGCUCUGGAAGCUUUGGCUCUGGCUAUUAUCAGUCAAGGAAGGAUUCUUCUGAUUCUGGUGCUGGAACGAUUGUCAUAAUUGUUCUUCUGGUUCUUGCUUUUGGAGUAUACAAGCUCUUCCUCAGUAACCCGCAGCCUCAGGAGAGUUUUGGUGACAGUGAUGGAUUCACUAGGCCUUUCUGGCAGAGUCAGCAGACACCUCCUCCUCCUGGUUUUAAGUCCAGCUUCACAGAGGGCAACAGCUUUGGGACUCAUUCCAGUCAUGAAACCAAUUCAGGACCAGGAUUUUGGACUGGAUUAGGAGCAGGAGGCUUGCUAGGCUACUUGGCUGGCAGUCACAGAGCACAGCCACGUUCCCCAUAUUACAGUAUGUGGACAGAUCCCACAGCAGCACCGCCAAUGAAUGGGCAGUCAAGCAAUUCUACAGAAGGUAGCAGUUCAGGAACAAGAACUGCUUCUGGCUUUGGGGGCACAAGACGAAGAUGAAAUCCUUGAUGUUAUUACAUCUGAGUGAUUGAACUAAACCUUCCUGUGUGGUAGCACUUUUUUGUAGUAGUAGGCUUCACAAGAGGAUAUGAGAAGAGGUGUGAAGGACUAGGCAAAGAAUUCCUCUCAUAAGAUGCAAAAUAAACUCAUCCAAGUUACGAAGAAUCACGUUACAGUGCCUAUAUAUCUGUCUGUACUUGAGGGAUUAUGGCAAUGGAAGCCUUACCAGAUUUUCAAAGCAAGUAGCUUACUCAUGUUCUGGGCUUAAUUUCAUUUAAUCCAGAAUUUUCUGAGUUUUUCUUUUUCUUGGUGGUCCAGUGUCCAAAAGGCCUAGUGUGUAAUCCACCUGAUAUCUAAGGGAUGCUGUUCUUUGAAGCUACUAUUGUUUGUCUUUGUAAAAUUCAUGUGAACAUUACUGUGAGUGCAAUCAGCUACUUGGAUGGGUGUUGGGGUUUUUCCCGAAUGGAAAAGAGCAAAACUAGAGAGAGAGAGAGAGAGACAAACAUUAAUACAAUGUUUUUAUCUGUGCUACGUGACUGUUGGGCCAAAAUUGGCAUAUUUGAGAGCACUCCACAUUUUAGGGUCUGUCCAAGUGGCUGUGCAAAACUGUGGAACUUUGUGUAUAAAUUAUGUUUAAAAAAAUAAAAUAACCUGAAAUGAGACAAGAUGGUCCUUCUCUAAUUUGGAUGUUUUUCUGGAAGACUGGGGUCAUUUAAAUUCAGGUGGCUACGGACACUUUGCCCACAUUGAGGCUCCAAACUUUUAUGGUGGAUGUUAGCAAUGCUAUGAAAACUUCUGAUGUGAACUGGCUUAUAUCUCAGCCCCUGUCUGUCCUGCUAGAUGUCCUGUCCAGAGCACAGUAAACCAUAGUGCUCAUUGCAAAAGGGAAGGGAGCAUUCUUAAUCCAAAACUGGUGGUAUCUGUGGAACACAGUAGGCCUUGAGACGAAGCAAAGAAAGGAAAUUGAAUGUCUUGUAGGGUUUAAGCUUUCCUAAAUGUACUUUUUAAAAACAAAGUGCUGUCAAAAAGUGGGAAGCAGGGAGGCCUUGCUUUGUUCUGUGAUUGAUAUUUUGGGGCUCUGAAAAGUGUCUCAUAGUUCUUCUGUGAUUGACUGUGUCCUGGGAGAGGCAUUGCUGAAAAAAAAUAGAAAUUUCACAGGAUUGGGUAGGGGGAGCAGUGAAAAAUGAGCUGCUUGACCACCAGGUCUUCUCCAGAGGCUGUUCUAAUACAGUUGAGCAGUGUGUGUCCACGGCUCUUCCUUGCUGGCAGCAGUCUGAGCAGCAAAGCUUUCGUCCUUGUGAAAAUACUGUGUCUGGGAAUUGAUUAAAACUGUUACAGCAAAAGCAAAGCACUGUUUUCCUGAUGCCAGCUGCAUCUCCACAAGGAGAUUUGGCAGGUAUGGUUAGUCUAGGAAAGUGACUUCAGCAUUACGCAUCUAAAAGCAACUAUGUCCAUUUAUGAGUGCAGAAAUAAUUGGCUCAAAUGACAAUGCCAGAGUUCAAUGUCUGGCUUAAGCAAUAAAAAAAGAAAACCAACGUAGAAAUAUUUAAGAUGUUGACAGAAGCUACAAAAAAGUGUUAGAGCUUGUGCUGAAAAUGUGAAAAUAUUGAUAAAAUUGAUAACUUGAGGAUAAAAUAGUGGUUUGCUACUCAGAGCUGCGUGGGGACUGGAGGGAAAAUACUCUCAUUAACAGCCUGCUCUAUCAACCUAGAAAGCCAGAAAACAUCAGAGACCUUAUUGUUGGCCUAUUAGGAAGUUUUACCUUUUAUGAGGAAAAGUACAUGACAAAUCUUUGUCUUUUUGACCAAAUAUAGGAAAAUAAUGUAUUUUAAAUGUGGAGUUCUUACUUAUUUCUAAGUGUGUUCGGGUUGAAAUUUGUCACAGUCAAUACUCUUUCUGCCAACUAAUUGCAUAACAAUGAAAAUGGAAUUUUCCUACCUGGGUAGUUUGAAGCUGAAGGUUGGUCUCAAAUGAUGACAUGUUAUGAAAUGUUUUAGACAAUGUUUUCAUUUGUAUUUUUAGUUUCUGCAUGAAAUGUGUUUUGAUGUGUAAACCUGAUGAAUUACCACCGUUUCUAAAUCUGUUUGUAGGAUAUUUUUGCCCGUCCCUUUGAUAAAGUAAUGAAUUAAGGGAAUAAGGAGUAUUUCCGUCUUUAAAGCACUGUCUUGGGGCCUGCAGGGAUGUCUCUGUCUGUUUUUCAGGGUUGUCUGUGUCUCAUCGUCAACUUCCCAGGUGGUGUAAUAACAUCCUUUACCUCCAGACACAGAGCUGGUGAGCUGUAUAUUGUUUCAACAAAUUAAAAUAGUACUGGGAAUAGA